AUGGCAGCCAAGCAAUCCGAAGUACAAGAUACGUACCUCGCCCAGCCGGCAUCAUCAUCCUGCUGGCUCGGCACGAUCCACGAGGGGACGCCGUGUGGCAACCUGGAGACGAUCCUCGAUGUCCCCACAUACGUCUCGAGGCCUACGCCAGAAAGGGCAAAUGGCCACAUUAUCCUGUACUUCCCGGAUAUAUGGGGCAUGUCCAACAACGCCCAGCUGCUGAUGGACGCCUUUGCGGAUGCCGGCUUCUUGACGCUGGGAAUGGAUUACUUCAGGGGCGACCCAAUGUCCAAGUACCGCCAGUCGAUGAGUGACCCUGCCCCAGAAGGCUUCGACCGCGCCGCCUGGCGCGAAAAGCAUUGGAACUUUGCAAACGAAAAUGUUCCCAAGUGGUUUGAUGCUGUCAAGGCCAAGUACGGCAGUGAAACGACCAAGUAUGCCUGCACCGGCUACUGCUUCGGGGCUCCGUUCGUGUGUAACUUGCUCGCCGGUGACAGCAUUUCAGCCGGCGCAUUCGCACACCCAACGGCGUUGAAGGAAGAACACUUCUUGAGCUUGAGGCAGCCGCUUCUAAUGUCUUGUGCUGAGAAUGAUCACGCGUUCGAUACUGGCUCGAGGAGAAAGGCUCUUGACAUCCUGCAGAGGGAGAAAAAGAGGUACCACAUGCAACUGUUCCAAGGCGCGGCGCAUGGUUUCGCAGAUGGUGCAAGGAGCAAAGCCUACGAGCAAUAG